AUGGAUGUAUUAGAUGUUGGUUGGGGAAAUGCUGUCCAAGAGAUUGUACUGCAUGCACUAGUAGCGUAUGCAAGUAAUCGCACGUUCGUUUGGGACGAUUACCUUUGGUCACGAAGGCCGGACCCAUACGCCAUCUACAACGAUCGUCUUAUACCCGCACAUAUACCUCUUUCAGUGAUCCUAGGGGGAUCAUUGAUGGGUGAGCUCCAAGGAGAAAAAACCUUCAAGGCAGUACCACGACCCUAUUUCGAGAAGAUAUGCCCGAGCCUUGGUGGCGUCGAGUACAUCAAUGUAGAUGACCUUAACGCUCCGCUACGACACGAUGAAAACGUGGGAGCGCUCGAGAUUCUGCAGACGUGGAUGGACAAAUUGGACUCCACGGAUGCGGCCUGUGUGUCCAAUGCCGGAUCUCCAUACCAGAUGUGGGAGAUGUGGAUUUUUGGCAGCAGGAGGAUCUGGGACUUGUGGCCGAUGCUAUUGGAAUCGCCCAUCAUAUCCGGAUACAGCUCCUCUCCUCUCAUCCUCCUUGGCCUUGAGGCGAACAAGGAUCUACUUGGUGUGGCCCGACUACCUGCUUUGGCCCAUUUACCAGCUCCGAUUUCGUUUUCCGCCGGUUCGAAUCCAGAUAUCUCCCAAUCUUCAUUGAAAAUCCUACGCGACGAACAAUUCGACGUCAUUCCAGGUCUCCUCGUGCUUCACAUUCGCCGUGGCGAUUUUGAACAGCACUGCCAACAUCUCGCCACCUGGACGGCCGGUUGGCAAGGAAUGAACGAUCUCGCAGCGGACGGGCUGCCAGAUACACUGGAACCACGAGAACCGCUGCCAGGAAAUCUAACGGAUUACAACUCAGCACUCUAUGGGCGACGGUGUUAUCCUGAAAUUCCACAGAUUGUGAGGAGGGUAGAGGAAAUAAGGAGAGAGUAUCCCAAGUUGGGUAGGGUAUACGUGAUGACCAAUGGGAAACGAGAGUGGAUACUGAAGUUACAGGGCGCUUUAUUCGAGGAUUCGGAACGCCAUCCCUCUGGCCCUUGGCAAGACGUCACGAGUAGUCGCGAUCUGAGCCUGGACUGGGAGCAGAAAUACGUAGCCCAAGCCGUGGACAUGGCGAUUGGGACAAGGGCUGAUGUGCUCCUUGGGAACGGCUGGUCUUCGCUCACGAGCCAUCUGACAAUGCUGAGGAUGGGUAAAGGUUUUCCAAGAGAGAGCAAUCGUUUUUGGUGA